UGCGUGGCGCGCACGCGCAGUGCGGGGGCGCUGUUCCCGCGGUUCCGCGCCCCUCACGGAGCUGCCCUCCCCCUGCGGGGCCAUGGCGGGGCCGCGGGUGGCGGCCCUGGAAGCGCUGGUGCGGGAGCUGCUGAGGGAAGAGACGCCGUCUCGCAUUGCCGCCCUCACCGAGGAGCUGUUCCAGGCGGCGGAGAGCAUCUCUGAGGAGGAUGGGAAGGUGGCGGAGGGAGAGCCCCCCGCUGCCAGCCCGUCUGGAGAAACGGGGGGUGCUUUACACCCCACAGCCCUGGCCCAGGUUGAAGAGAGUGCAGUCAGCUUGUGGAACUGGACUGUGACCAAACACAUGGGUGCUGUUAUCAAUGAUGAGCAAAGAGCCAAACUGCGGUUUGUUGCUUGCAGACUGAUUUGCCUUUGUGAAGGCAGCGAUCUUCCGGAGGGAACUAUUCGAAGACAGAUUCUGAUGUCUAUGAAAACUGGGAAAGGAUGGAUAGAUAUUGGUAAAGCUGGUCUUGCAGAUGGAUUUCUAGAGAAUGCCGUGAAUAGUAUAGAAAAGUUGUAUGCAAAGUUACGGAGUGGGAGCGAGGGUGAAGCAGAUAUUCAAGUGCACAGAGCUGAUGUGGAGAAGAGCCUUUUCAAAGUACUGUCUUACCAAGCUGAAUCAGCAGUUGCUCAAGGGGAUUUUCAGAAAGCGGUGAUGUGCGUGCAGCGCUGCAAAGAUAUGUUGAUGAAAUUGCCAAAAGAAACUUGUUACCUAUCAAUCCUCUGUUACAAUUUUGGAGUGGAAACCUAUGAAUGGAAGAGGUAUGAACAGAGCUCCUUCUGGCUCAGCCAGAGUUAUGACAUUGGGAAGAUGGACAUGAAAUAUUCUGUUGGCAAAGAAAUGCAGGCUAAAGUGCUGCGACUGUUAGCCACGACCUAUUUUGAGUGGGAUUGCAGUCUGUACCUGGACAAGGCAUUGAAAGCCAUCAGUUUGGCAAAUCAGGAAAAUUUGCACCCAGCAGGGUUUUUUUUGAAAGUUAAAAUUCUUCUAAAAAGUGGAGCAUCAGAUGAAGAUAUCAACUCAGCUCUUGCAGAAUUCACGCACUUUGAGAUGUCUUUAGACUUCUGUUUGAAUACUGCCAAGCUGCUGCUGGAGCAUGGAAGGGAAUCAGUUGGUUUUGAUUUUCUGAAAUCUGUUCCUGAACGAUUUGAAUCUUCACCUGACCUUGGAAAAAUUACCCUGCUCCACAUUGAGUUCCUGUUGCAGAAUAAGAGGGAGCUGCUCGCUAAGCAAAAGAUUGAAGAAGUUAUUAUAGGUCAUUAUACUGGGAAACAGCUGUUGCCUGAAGCCUUGAAUCAGCUGCACAUCAUCUUGUGGGACAGAGCUGCCAAACAUUAUGAGGAGAAAAACUAUUCUGAAGCCCUUCACUGGUACAAUUAUUCUGUCAGCUUCUAUACACCUGGGCAGAUAGAUCAGAACUUGGCCAAGCUUCAGAGGAACAUGGCUUCUUGUUAUUUUCAUCUGAAACAAGUUGACAAGGCUAAGGAGGCAGUUAAACAAGCAGAGAGGUGUGAUCCAAACAGCAUCUUUACUAAAUUCAGUGUCUAUAAGAUUGCAGUGAUGGAGAAUGAUACUGAUAAAGCUAUGGAAGCAGUUAUUGAAAUAGGGAAGCUAGCAGAAAAGCCAUCAGAACAUGAAGACAAGCUGAGAGUGGAUAAAAAUACAGGCAGCAACCUCUUGAGUUUAGCUGCCCAAAUUGCUUUAGAGAAUGACCAACAAAUUGUGGCUAUCAAAGCUUUGGAGUAUUUGUCUGAACAUUUACAAGACUGCCGACAAUUAUUUACAGCCUUAAAAUGUUUGGUCCGUCUGAUGUUGUCAAAAGUCAUGGCAGAAAAUACAGAAAAAAGAGAUGAAGAUAUCAACUCAAUACUGACGUACUUGAACUUGGCUCACAAGAAACUUGCUGAGUCUUUCACAGAAGAAAAAUUUACAGGGGAUAUGAGGAUCCUUGAAGCUCACUGGUUUAGAAAAGUUGCUUGGAACUUAGCUGUGCAGUUCAAGGACAGCCCUGAAAAGAUGAGGGAUUUUUUUGUACUGUCUUUCAAGUUGUCCCAGUUUUGUCCCUCAGACAAAGCUGUUCUAAUUGCUCAGAAGACAUGCCUGUUAAUGGCAGCUGCAAUUGAUCUGGAAAUGGGGAGACAAGUUACACCUUCAGAACAGACGGAGCUAUUUAGUCAGGCCCUUCAACAUCUUCAGACAUGCAAGGAGAUAUGGAAGGUGCUGAAAUUAACAGGAGAUUUUGCUAAAGACCCAACAGACACAUUGUUGUUGCUUUAUGAAUUUGAAGCAAGAUCCAAACUGAAUGAUCCAACGCUUCAGAAUUUUAUGGAGUCAGUUUGGGAGCAACCACAAAUAGAGAUCAAGACACUUGAAAUCAUUGCAGCAUUAGCAAUGGAAUCUCCAGCUCGGUAUCCUGUACUGUGUAAGAAAGCUCUCAAGAGUGCACUAAACCUUCACAGAAAGCAGGCUGUCAUUGAUGCUGAGAAAUUUAGCAAAUGUUUACACAGUUUGAUUAACAUUUCUCUGCCGACUGGAUUGACAGACUUGGAUACCUGUGUGCUGCAGGAGGUGUGGGACUACUUUGAAGAUGCUCUGAGUGUAAUCAGCAGCACAGAUGCUUACCCAGAGAUGGAGAUCCUUUGGUUGAUGACAAGAGCCUGGAAUACAGGAAUAUUUCAGUAUACUGUUGGUAAAUACAAGGAAGCUGAGCAGUGGUGUGGAUUGGGAAUGCGUUUCCUCAAUCACUUAGGAUCUCUGAAGAAAAGCUAUGAAGGCCAUAUGGUUGGCCUUUAUAGUGAGGUUCUGGACAAGCUGGACAGAGCAAAAGGAUUUAUUCCAAAUGAAGAAUAAUGACAGCCACAACUACAAAAAAGGGAAGGCAGUGUCUCUUGGAAGUGUUCUGCUGAAUGAGAGGCUGUUGGUUCUGUGAAGGCACAGGGCCAUGGGAACAGUGGAAAAGAAACCAGGAUCUCCUUGUUGGCAAAGAAGUUAUGUACUUUUUAGGAAGUGUUUAUUCAAUAAAUGUAAUUGUUUUCCUCUAGGGAAUAAUUUUCAUUCUCUGGAGCUAUUUAACAGUUAGAAAUAAAUAUUUAACUUUU